UCACGCGUCAUAUCAGCGGACGGAACAGUUUUUUUUCCAUUUUUUUGGGCAUGUAGUUCAUUAUUAUCACACAUGUAAAGUAACACACAGAGACUCGAGUAAUAAUGUGUUCUGUCUUCACUGCUGUUUGUCGUCUAUGUCUUUGGGGGCUUCUGGCAGAGAUUGUCUGGUGUUUAGUAGAUGAUGGAGAUCAGUUUGAUGUGGUGGUGGUGAGACCUCAGAGGAUCCGCACACAGAUCGAGUCUAAUGAGAACCAGGAGAUGUUUCCUGAUGGACUCUCAUAUCAGUUAUUCUUUGGAGGGAGAAAUCACACCAUUCAUCUACAGAAGAACCGGCAACUAAUCGCACACAAUUAUACUGAAAUCUACUAUGGAGACGACGGACCUGUUGUAAGCAGAAAUCCAAACGUAAAGGUAACUCUUAUUAAAAGAGGUGUUAGACACACAGCUGAACUGAGGACUGUAAUGACUCUGCGUGGUGUUAUGUGUAUGCUAGUGUUCAGCUGUAGAUGUGUUGAUGUGUAUCAGGACGGCUGUUAUUAUCAUGGUCACAUUGAGGAUGUGGAGGAUUCUUCGGUCAGUGUGGGAAUCUGUUCUGGGAUCAGGUAUCAUCAGUUCAUGGCAUGCACAAUUUCUGCUUUCAUUCAUGAUCACGUAAUGUUUGCUGGUGUUUCUAGGGGUUUAGUGCGAUUGAAGGAGCAGAUGUAUGCGAUUAGACCCGUGAGGGAUCACAGUGAUGGAGAUCAUGUGAUGUAUAAACAUCUGAGACAAAAGAGAAACACCUUCACCUUCACUCAACCUCCAGCCGCCGCCUCCUUCAAGUCCAGCAGAUGGACAAGGAAACGUUUUAACACCCCGAGAUACGUGGAAUUGUUUCUGGUGGUGGAUAACACUGAGGUGAGGUUUGAGGCUUUUACAGAAUGCCAUCUCUCAGCGGUUGUGCUUCAAAUCCUGUCAUCCCUGUCACAGUAUCAGAACUUCAGGUCUAACGUGGACACUGUCAGAGAGAGAAUGCUGGAGGUUAUCAAUCACGUCGACAAGUUGUAUCGCCCUCUCAACAUUCGGGUUGUGUUGGUGGGUUUGGAGGUUUGGAGCACACAGGAUCAGAUUGUGAUCAGCGUGAGUUCUGAUGAUACUCUCAGCCGCUUUGUUGAGUGGAGAAAGACAAGUUUACUGGCACGAGUCAAACAUGACAACGCUCAGCUUGUGACUGGCAUUGAUUUUCUGGGGGACACCGUCGGCCUGGCGAACAGAUUUGCCAUGUGUGGUGAAAACUCUGCGGGUGUCAAUCAGGAUCAUAAUGAGAAUCCACUGGGUCUGGCGUCCACGAUCGCUCAUGAGAUGGGUCACAACAUGGGCUUAAGCCACGAUCAAGAGCACUGCACCUGCGCCACACACAACUCCAUCUGUCUCAUGACUGAACGUGUGGGCAAAGUGUUCCCAGACCAGUUCAGUGACUGCAGUCUGGAGCAGAUGAGUGUGUUUCUAGACAAUGUGAACCCCGUCUGUCUGCUGAGCCCCCCCGCCUCAGACGGACUGUACGGCGGGACUGUGCGCUGUGGGAAUGAUUUUCUAGACGCCGGAGAGGAGUGCGACUGUGGAAGUGUGCAGGAUUGUAACAAUCCGUGCUGUGAUGCCGCCACCUGCAGGCUCACCGAAGGCUCACAGUGCGCUGAUGGAGACUGCUGUGACAACUGCCAGAUGAAAUCAGCAGGGAGUUUGUGUCGUGACUCUGUGAAUGAAUGCGAUCUUGUGGAGUAUUGUACGGGACUGUCACAUCAGUGUCCACCCGAUGACUUUCACAUGAACGGCAUGCCCUGCAGCUCGCAGGAGGGUUACUGUUAUAACGGCCGAUGUCCCACUCACCUUCAACACUGUCACACUCUCUGGGGACCAGGUGCUACUGUGGCUUCUGAUUCAUGUUUUUAUCAAAAUACAUUUGGCAGAAAUGAUUCUCACUGUGGAAGGACCAAAGAUGCCUACAGAGCCUGUACCAAAGAAAGCAUGUUUUGUGGAAAGAUAUUUUGUGUCGGAGGGAAGGAAUAUCCAGUGACGGGUCAGAAAGCCGUCAUCUCAACCCUCAGAGGAUUAUGUCAUAUAGCCGGAGACGGAUCCGAGAGCAACAAUCUCAGUAUGGUGCCUACUGGAACAAAAUGUGGACACAAUAAGGUUUGCUAUGAUUUCACGUGCCAGGACAUGAAUGUUUACGGCAGUGAUGAAGGCUGUUCGCUCAAAUGCAGUGGAAGAGGGAUCUGUAACCAGAAGAAUGAAUGUCACUGUGAUCCGGGCUGGGCUCCACCUUACUGCCAUCUUCAAUAUUCACAACUCCCUUCCAGACGAGUGAAGACUGUCGGCAUCUCAGUAGCAGCUGCAGUGGUUUUUCUCCUGCUGGUGUUUGCAGGUUUAGGAGGGUUUUAUUAUAAAAGAAGAAAAGCCAUCAGCCACAAUGAAGAUCUCUCAUCAGGACAGAUGAAUCUUCUUCAUGAUGACAGGGCUGUCAGGAGAAAUCCUCCUCACAUCAGCGAGCCGGUCUUCAUCGAAAGCUCUAUGACUCUACUAACACGUCCCACUCGAGCCGCCCCGCCUCCGCCUCCUCAACCAAAGCAGAUCAAAGUCACACCGGGAAUAAAGUCAACCCCUCCACCUGUUCCUCCACUCAAACCAUCUCCAGCUAAAAGAUCCUUCGAGACAGAUCAGGAAACACAGUGCAGGUGGUUUCCAUACAACCUCCCAUCAUUCCAAGAAAAUGAGCCGAAGUGACGUCGUCAUGUGACUCACCUGAACAAAUGACACACUGUCCGACCUUGAAUUCAUUUGUCUAAUACAUGACAAUAUAUUUAUAACAUUAUGAAAUAUUUUAUUUAUUACUUUUAUGUGAUUCUAAAUUAAAGUCACUGAAUUGUAUGGAGUUGUGUGAGUGUGACUGUGUGUCAGUCCC